CCUGUUCUUGAACACCGCCAGGGACAGUGGCUCCACCGCCUCCCUGGGCAGCCUGUGCCAAUGCCUCGUUGCUCCUCAUGAGACGAAAUUUUUCCUAAUAUCCAACCUGAAUGCAUACGUUGGCCUUCUCCAGUUAGCCCCUAUGGAAGGGCUUGCAGGCCUCACAAUAGAGUGGGAAGUGACACAGCUUUCUGUAUAGCACGUAUCUCUCAUCCGAGCUUGUGAUCAAGGCUGAAUUUAAUUUACGGUAAACAAAACAUUGUGUUCUGGUCUUUGGAAGUAAAGCUGACACUACUAAUUUUUCAAUAGAUGAAAGCCUGUGAGAUAUUGUAGUUUAACAACAAAGAAGCAUAAAUAAGCUCCCAUCUGAAAAAUUAAUAAAAUCUGUCUGACAGCAUAAAUGUUAACAUUCCUGCAAAGGCUUCAUCAUUUAUGUGAAAACAUUUCUGCUCUGAUCUUGCAGAUGAUAGAAAAACUAUCAGCAGUAAUGAGAUUAUGACUACAUGGGUAAUUAACUUGUAAUUCCUUACUGAAACAGCCAACAGUUGUACUGCUAAAAAUGUGAGGAAAUGACACCAAGUGUAAUUGGAAUGGAGGAAAAAGCAGAGCUCUGUUAAGAUGCAACAGACAUUUCCCAUCACACUGUCCUUUGAGCUCGAGAAGUGUACACUGCAAUGUCCUCAAACACACUUCAACAUCUCCUGCCAGCCAGGUUAGCUCACUAGCAAGUUCACAAGCAGAACAUCUUGUAUUCUGGACAACUGAAAGUUCUGCGGGUCUGAGUGGGUAUACAGAGCUCGAGUAAUCACAGUGAACACAACCUUCAGCAGUAAUAUAUGCCUGUUUUUUAUCAGGUGCUCCACUGCUGAGCAGACUGAAGGGUUAUGUUUCUGUGAAACCUCCCCCUGGCUUGGCCAUUAGCCUCUUGCUUCACUAUAAAUAGCUUUCCAAAGGCCCAGCAUACACACACAGAGUGGGGGUGGUGUAUAAGUGCACGUCAUGCAUUUUUUUCCCUAAAUUCUGGUGGGUUUUAGGUUUUCCUAGAUAUCUUUUCUAGAAUCCAAUCUCGAUUCCAACUCAAAUCACUAGCAACAUUUCCAGUAAUUUGAUAUACAGAUUUUGUUAUAAAACUUUUGCGAAGAACAACACAGACAUUUCAGUUUAACUGUUCCACUGUAUGCAUCUGUAUAUCCAUUUUAAUUUGUUUGUGAAGAACGCACAUUUUGUGCAUGCAACACAAGGUAUCGUGCCUAGAACUACAGCCUUGUAAACCAUGUCUAGAGUCAAUGACUGCACUCUGCUGGGUUUGUUAUUGUCAGCUCAAAAACUGAGUGUGUGCUCUGGCUUUAGAGGGGGUCUGUAUAAAUGUUCCAAGUACUCUGGCUCCAGGAAUCACACAGAACCAUCAGAGCCUUUUCUCGGUGGAUGGCAUUCGUCCUGGUGACACUCAAGUAGUGUGCUACUCAAGGACAGCUGGGACACAUCUAUAUUUGUGCCAUUGCUCAUUGCUGGCAUGUCCCUAUCUGAGGAAAGAGGCAGUCUAGAGUUACUGCAAUAAGUCUUCCAACUGCAGUCAUAGGAAAGUGGCAGGGAAUAGCUUUUGUGUGAAUUAAUUUUUACUAUGGGAAAUAAAUGUGAAGUUUGAUGUCACCUGAGCUGUCAGAAGAAUUUAUGACGUCUUAAGAUAGAAGGCAAGUUUUUAGGUAGUAACAUUCUUUACUGUAUUUUUUUCAUUAUUGAUGGUCACGGACUUAAACAUUCUUCACUGUAAUUGUAUCUGCGUCUGUAAACUGAGCAAACAUAUCAUCUGAAAAUCUUACUUAGGCAGCAGGGUUCCAGACAAGCUUAAUUAUGCUCAUUUUAAUUUGUAUAAUUUAAUUUUAUUUUGGUAGGAAAAAUACUUGUUCACUUUUUUAGUUUGUUGCAGCUCGCAAAGCAAACCUUACCGUUACAAUUAUGGGGGAAAAAGUCUUUGUGGGAGCCAGACAACAUUUGCUGGACUGAGACUCGUCAUCUCAAAAGCCUCACAGAGGAUAUCAAUGUCAUCCAGAUCUGUCAGUGCAAGAGAGUAUGAAAAUAGUGACCAAUUUCCUGGUCACUCAGCUUCUCCACCAGUCACAGAUUCCAGUGAAACUGAAGGCUUGAUAUUUUAUCACAUGGAUCUUUAUGGAUCAAAUGAGAGGUUUGAUAUCUUUCCUGAAGAGCCAUCUGGUCAAGGAAGCAGAUUUCUGAGAAAUACCAGCAGGGAAUCUGCAUUGAGUAGUGAAAAAUGUCAGCACUCACAAGAAGCUGCGUAUGACUUGGAAAGGGAGGUUGCAGAGCUGGCCAGGAUGUAUGGGCUUGAUGAGGACAGAGAAAAAGAGCUUGAGCUUCUUGGAGGGCAUCUGCAGACAGUGGGCAGCAAAUGGCUACCUGCUCACACACAAAAAUCGGGAUUGCAAGACUCUGCAUAUAAUGGAUCAAAAAGCAGCUCUCCGGUGAAAGAUCAAAGUCAAAGCACAAAGCAUCAGGAACUUCCUGAUGAGGUUUCUCAAGAUGAGGAUCAGAGCAAAGCCAGAGCAGAGGAUGAAGCUGAUAGCCACACGUGGUCCAGAGAGGGGCUUAGCAGCAGUGGCGUGUCAGAUGAGCGGAGCAGCCAGGCUGUCAGUGAGGAGGAAGAAACGGCAGAUGUUUUUUGCUGUACUUGCAAGAUACCAAUCCGAGCUUUUGACAAACUGUUUGGUGAGCACAAGGAUCAUGAAGUGGCUCAAUUAUCCAGUGCAGUGGAAAGUGAAAAGGAGGAGAUUCAUAAAAACAUGUGCAAAUUGGAAGAGCAGAUUGCUCAGGUGGAAAACUUUGCCAGUCACUUGGAAGAGAUCUUCAUUACUGUAGAGGAGAAUUUUGGGAGGCAGGAGCAGAACUUCGAGGUUCAUUACAAUGAUGCAGUGCAAGUGCUUGCUCAGAAAUAUGAAGAACAGUUGGAAGCACUGGGGGAAGAGAAGAGGCAGAAGCUGGAAGCACUGUAUGAACAGCUGGUCAGUUGUGGGGAACAUCUUGACACCUGCAAGGAGCUGAUGGAUACAACUCACAAGCUUUACCAGGAAAACGACAAAGUUGCUUUUAUGAAGGAAGCAGUAACCAUGGUUGACAGAUUGAAAGAAUUCUUAAAGAAAGAAGUGAAUUUAAAGCUUUCAACACAUCCAGACUUCGAAGAGCGUGCCAUAGAUUUCUCAGAAGUUGAACAACUUAUGAACUCCAUUAAUUCUAUUCCAGCUCCUUGUGCCCCUGUGAUCAAUCCCCAGGCUCCCAAUGCAGCAACUGGCACCUCACUGAGAGUUUGCUGGGGUCUCUUCUCAGAUGACACUGUGGAGUGCUACCAGCUGUGCUAUAAACCAGUGAGCAAUGAGAGGCACAGUGAUGAACAAGCAGAGAAUAUGCUAAAAGUCAAAGAAACAUACUGCACCAUUUCUAAUCUGUUGCCGAAUACACAAUAUGAGUUUUGGGUCAGUGCUUUAAAUGCUUCAGGCAUCAGUCCACCAAGUGAAAGAGCUGUUUAUGUAACAGCUCCUUCACCACCUAUCAUUAAGAGUAAAAAGAUACGAAGCUGUGAAAAUGCAGCACUCGUGUGCUGGGAAUCUAGAGACGUUAAUCCUGUUGAUUCCUACACAGUUGAAUUGUCCAAGCUGACAGACAAAGAAAAUGGCGACGUUAUUACUGAAUCAAUUGUUGGGAUUCCUAAUUGUGAAGCCCUAAUUCAUCUGCAGCCAGCACAAAGCUAUCACAUUUCUGUUAAAGCCCUCAACCUGGGUGGUUCCAGUGAGAGAAGUGAACCUGUCCUGAUACACACCACAGGCACCUACUUCUGUCUUAAUGAGGACACAGCCCAUCCUUUAUUGGCCAUUCUAGAUGAUGGAUUUACAAUUGCAUGUGAUGAACUGGAAAACCCAGAGUGUGAUCUGCCCGUUUAUGAUAACAGCUUUACAAGGUGUAUCGGGAUCCUGGGCAGUCUGAUCCCUUUUCCAGGAAAGCAUUACUGGGAAGUGGAAGCUGAGGAAGAUACAGAAUACAGAGUUGGCGUGGCUUUUGAAAACACUCCAAGACAUGGUUAUCUGGGGGCAAACAACUCAUCCUGGUGCAUGAGACACAUCAUCACACCAUCAAGGCACAAGUAUGAAUUCCUGCACAGUGGGAUGACACCAGACAUCAGAAUUACUGUUCCCCCCACAAAGAUUGGUAUCCUGCUGGACUAUGAAAGCUACAGACUGUCAUUUUACAAUGCUGAUAUUGCCCAGCACCUUUACACAUUCAACUCACACUUUCAGCAUUAUGUCCAUCCCUGCUUUGCUUUGGAAACACCUGGUACCCUAAAGGUACAUACUGGUAUUACAGUACCUCCGUGGACUGCCCUCCUAUAAGACUCUGUUCUUCAACAGUCCUAUCCACAUAUAACACACACUGAGAAAUUCUCUCUUUCAGCACUGUCCCAUCACACUCCCUAAAAUCCAGCUCUAUCCCAAGACAGCAAAGCAUCCCUGACCCAAACAAUCUGCCAGGCCUAGGCCCUUGGACAAUUUUAUCUUAUCUUAGGCAGCAUUUUAGAAGAAGAACAUUAUGGUCGCAAGACUCAUCAGCACCCUGGAGCUAUUUGCAGAAUUCUUCAGGGUUAGAAGCAGAUACCAUCCUUCCCACAAGUGACACCAAGCAGCAGUGACAGAUGCAUUACUGGUUCUCCCAAUACCCAUUUUAUAUUUAGGGAACUCCCUGUUCCACAGCAAUCAUUAACUACACUCGUGUCUUCUGAGAAGCAAAAAAUUCAACAAAAAGCCAAAACAGCAAAAGGCACAAUCACUAUACAGAUGCUAGACAAAACUGAAAACACUCUAGCCAUGAAGCUGAUCUUACAGUCAAGUACUCUUGUUGGUACAGUCUGCACAAGAUAAUCAACUACACCUCCCCUGCGUGUGAACUGUUAGCACAUACCAUAAACAGCAGGAAGAUUGAAACAAUGAUGCUUACUGAGAUAAUCAAGCAUGCCAUAAAGUCUCAAACAUGAAAACAAACAAAAAAACAUCCUUGCCCAAUGCCCAUGCUUCUCAUUUAUUUAUCUAGGGAAAAAGCAAAAACCAAAAUCACAUGGGUGCCUUUUGCAGUGCUUAGCUGCCCAUACACAAGAGUCUGAAUCAUCCUUUCUUACUUUUUUUUUUGGUGGCCAUCCUCACCUCUGCCUUGCUAUGUUCUCCACUCACAAAUUCUUCCCCCACUCCUCAGCACCAAGAGCUUUUAAUCUCUGAUGCUGUGCCCCUGAAGCUUCAGGCCACCAUUGUAUGCUGACAGUAGCAGUGCUGGCCCAGUGCUCCACCAGAACAUCCUUGUUUAGACCUUAUUUCCAGAUUCCAGACAGUUGGACUGGUACUACUGUCAAGCGGGUUUGUCUAGCUCUCAACAGCCUCACUUGUGGGUGUCAAAAUAACCAGUAUUUAAGCAAGAGUCAUUAACAGAUAGCUUUUCAACAGAUUUAUUGUACAUUCAUUACAAAAAUAGUUGGUUGAAAUUUUCUAUUCUAGGGGUUUGUCAGGAACAGAUUGUCUCUACAGUAGACAUGGUUCUUAUAAAUAAAGCUUGGCAAAAUUUAGAUUUGAUGUAGAACUGUGUGCCAAAAGCUUGUCUGUUUUUCUCCAAAUAGCUGAGAAAUUAAGAGAAGAAAUGCAUUUCCCCAAAAUAAGUUUUGAAGAAACCAUGAAAACAGGAGUGGAAUAUGCUCUUACAGCAGUGAUUAGUACCUUCUUCACUUGAAUACUGACUUGCAGCUUGGAAAACUAAACAAGUUUAGCAGCACUGAACUAUGCAAAUAUAGCUUCAUUUGUAGCCCACCAAGAAUUCACAGACUUCCAAGACAGAAAAGUGCUGUUAUGACUAUCUUGUCCAACCUCCUAUGAGGAAGGUCAAUUUCAAUGCCUUGCAAUGAGCACAACCUGUGUCUCCUACAAACAGGUGACUAAGCCUGCAAUCACUGUAGGCUGCAAUCACAUAGGGCACAAGGUGGCCAGGUGAGCAAUGCUAACAUACUGAAAGGCUGUACCAGAGAAUAGCAGCUAAAGUGUACAGUGAACAAAGUGGUCAGAAAGCACCACACCACUGGGUUGUUUUAACACCUUUUUCUCCCUUCAAUUAAAAACGUAUGCCUUGAUUUAAGGUCCAGCUUCCAAACAGUGGAGCAUAUUUAACCUUUAUCUGCCAAAACUGAACGCCACGCUCUUUACAAUGAGAGAAAGACCUGCAAAAACAAAA